GACAUUUAACAAUUUCCACCUGUUCCACAAAGUAGGGAAAAAAAUAUAUAAAAUAUUGUAAUUUGUAAAAAGUUUUAAACUAUAAUGGCGCUUACUAUCUAUUCAAGAAAUUAUUUGAAAACUAUAUUUCAAAGAGUUCUUACAUCAAAAUCAACAAACACUUGUUUUUAUUCGGAUACGGCUGAAGAUGGUGAUGAAACUCAAGAAACGCCGAUUGAUCCAUCGAAGGACAGAACUAAAGUGAUCCCGGUUGAAACAAGUAUCCGAUAUCUUCAGAGUAAAGCUUACAAACAGACGUACGGUGAUAAGCCAGUUUGGUUCCUGUAUAGACGCAAUCACAAGGGUGCAUUUGCUCCUCGGAAAACCAGAAGAACGUGUGUCAGAAACGGAAUUAUAUCGACAGGGAAUCCGUGCCCAAUUUGUCGCGACGAGUAUCUGGUUUUAGACCCCAGAAACACUGGACUCUUAGAACAAUUUAUAUCAGAAUAUACUGGACAGAUAUUAGAUUCAUUCAAAACCGGACUAUGUCAAAAGAAACAUAAAGAUCUACUAGUGGCUAUUGAGAAAGCCUGGGAUGAAGGGAACUUGACAUAUGAUGUGCCAUUCAGAGUGUACGACUACUCUGUAUAUAACAAGAGUCAUGAGCAGAGUCAAUAACUUGAAACAGUUUUGAGGUACAUACUUAAUUAUAUUGUAAGUGAUAAUAAAAAUUUGUUAGUUAGA